AUGGCUGACUUCCCAAAACAACUGCCCCCCGAGUGCACUAAUGACGUCUGGUCGCUGCUCCAGCCGAGCGACCUAUUAUCUGUCAUGCGCAUCUCCUCCGUCUGGAGACGGUCGGCCGAGCCCAUCCUGUACCGCCGCAUUGAUAUCAGGAGCCUGGCAGGUAUGGCCGCGUUUCUGCGCACCGCCAAAGAGCGACCGGAUCUCGCUUCUUCGGUUCGGUAUCUCUGUGUGCAUAAUGUGCUCACGGAGGAUUCCAAUCAUGUACAGUUUGAGGGUACUUUCAUCUCUAUACUAGAGCGACUUCCGGGACUACGCAGGCUGCAUAUAUACCGAUGGCCAUCCAAUGUGCCUGUCCUCGCCGCAGCGAUUCAGAGGACGCCUGGUGUUGCUGGACUCCGAGGACUGAAAGAGAUUAUUUUGGAGGAGUCCGAUAGACCAAUGGAUGACCUCCGGCCCUUGUGGAACUUGCCCGUCUUGGAAAGUAUCCAGGCAAGUGUGAGUGAGCCACAGAGCAUGUCCGGCCCAUGGCUAAUAUCCAGUACCGUCACCAAGCUUAAUCUGGACUCAACAAUCGCGGAAGAAGGGACAAUCGGGUUGCUAUUGCAGGCACUACCAGGACUGAAGAGGUUCAGGUAUGACCAUUGGUGUAAUAUUGGGGACUGCCUUCCUGUGCCAAAUUGUAGGGACUUGAUGGUGUCCCUUCAAUAUGUUCAGAACACUCUCGAAGGAUUGGAACUGCGAGCCAGCCUUUACUCGCCUUACGCCGAAGAAGUGGAAUACUACAAUAUAUGCGCGGUGGAAGGCCAUAUUGGAUCUCUUGAGAACUUCAGUAGUCUCCGCAAGCUCAAAGCCCCGAUUGCUAUGUUACUAGGAUGGCUCCCCGACCAGGCGCCAUGUCUCAGUCGGAUCCUUCCAAGGUCGUUGACCUAUUUGUCCUUAACCGAGGACCUGUCAUCACAGUGCAGCUAUAGUUGGUCGGAGAAGCUCGUUUUGAUGAAGGUGGAAUGUUUUUUGGCGGCGGCUCGCCAGGCUACGCCCCUUCUAGAAAAACUUGAGCUCCUACCAAAUCGUGAAUUUGACGAGGAUCCCGAAUUUGAGGGUGAAAUGGAUCUUGAUAAAUUAGAGUCAGAAUCAACGGAAUUUGGAGAGCAGGGUGAUAAUCAGCAGGGCGACGGUGAGCAGGGACAAGGCCACGAGGACUGCCAGCUUAUUGAAAAGGCAAGUAAAAUCGUAUUCCUCAUAGCUGACCUACAACACUUCAAUAAUCCCGUUGGCGAUAUGUCUCCUGGAGAAGCGGCCGGCGCGGACAGUCACGACAUGAAUGCGUAUGAAGCACCCGCGACUCCAGCUGCACCCAGAAAACAAGAUCGCAAACUGCGCAAGCACCACACGUCGAGGAACCAGAUGGGAGAGGGCCCGUAA